AUGAUGAGCUGGUGGUCAAACUCGGCCAACACGGCUCUCGACGAGCAGGUCGAAAAGGCCACGAGCAGCAGCCUGGAGGAUAUUGCGCUCAACCUCGAGAUCUCCGAUGUCAUCAGGUCCAAGACGGUGGCGCCCAAAGAGGCCAUGCGGUCGCUGAAACGGCGCAUCGGCAACAAGAACCCAAACACCCAGCUGAGCGCCCUCAACCUUACGGAUACAUGCGUCAAGAAUGGCGGGUCUCAUUUCCUCACGGAAAUCGCCUCCCGCGAGUUCAUGGACAACCUGACCUCUCUUCUCCAAGCUGUCGGGCCCGUCGCCGUCAACGCCGAAGUAAAAUCCAAGAUGCUCGAGCUGAUCCAGUCAUGGGCCGGUGCCACAGAAGGACGAUACGAGCUUUCCUACAUCGGCGAAGUCUAUAAACGUUUGCAGCGAGAGGGGUAUCAGUUCCCCCCGCGAGUGACGGUGGCGAGCAGCAUGAUUGACAGCAGCGCGCCACCUGAAUGGAUUGAUUCGGAUGUUUGCAUGCGAUGUCGAACAGCGUUCACGUUUACCAACCGAAAACACCAUUGCCGAAACUGCGGAAACUGCUUUGACCAGCAGUGUUCUAGCAAAUCCCUCCCACUGCCUCAUCUCGGGAUACUUACUCCUGUGCGAGUCGAUGAUGGGUGUUAUGCUAAGCUCACGAACAAGGGGUUCAAAGAACCGAAUCCAUCCCUCGACCGCACACCGACGUACCCUCAUAAAACUCGCAGCACAUCUGCCAUGCAACCCCGAAAUGCGCGCGUCGACGACGGGUUUGAUGAAGAUCUUAAAAAAGCAUUGGCGAUGAGUUUGGAAGAAGUCAACAAUGCAUCCAGAGGCAGGGCCCCCCCUGUGACAACCAACGGACCUCGCACGAGUGGAGGAGACGCAUCCGCCACCAAGCAAGCUGAAGAGGAAGAUGACGACCUCAAAGCUGCCAUUGCUGCAUCCCUAGCAGAUAUGGAAGAGCAAAAGCAGAGACAUGCUGCUGCGCUCAAGGAACAGACCUCCGGACCCGCCGCCUCCUCCUCCGCUACAUUUACGCUGCCAAAGAACGACUACGAACUGACGGCAGUGGAAGCUGAGAACAUCAACCUCUUCGCCACCUUGGUUGACCGGCUUCAGACCCAGCCUCCUGGCACCAUCCUACGAGAACCGCAAAUUCAGGAGUUGUAUGAUAGCAUUGGAUCGCUGCGUCCCAAGCUUGCGCGAACCUACGGCGAAACGAUGAGCAAGCAUGAUACCCUCCUCGAUCUUCAUGCCAAGCUGUCCACGGUUGUCAGAUACUAUGACCGGAUGUUGGAAGACCGGUUAUCAAAGGCUUAUAGUCAGCAGAACCUUGGCGGAUAUAAUCUGCCACCUCCUCGCCAAUCUUCCGGACCUUACCCUUCAAUACCUUCUCACGCUCCGAGCAACUCUGUGGGCGCCGAAAGCUUCUAUACAAACCAGCAGCAGCCGGGCUAUGCGCCACAAGGCCAGCAGCAACUGUAUCAAAUGCCUCCUCAACAUGCGAUGCCGCAGUCCCCUUAUCCGCCUUACGCUGGCAUGCCAGCACCCGAUGCCCCUUCUGGACCUUAUGCGCCUCAACAGCAGCUACAGACGGCCGAUGGCUGGAACAACCAGACCCCUUCAGCCCCUGAGCAGUUUCAGCAGCAACAGCAGCCGCAGCCGCAGCCGCAGCCGCAGGAAAACCCGGAAGAUCGAAGACAGUACUCACAUCAAACGGCUACGUCGCCUUCAGCAGAUCCCAACGCUUCAUACUACUUCAACGCCCCUCAACCUCUACAGGCCGUACCUACCGGACCAUCCGCCCCCGGGUCCGCGCCAGACGCAAACCAAUCGCCGUAUCCCAACCUGAACCAAUCACCUAUGCCGUACCAUAGAGGCUCAGUGUCGGCACAGACGCAAGCCCCGUCUGCUCCAACUCAGCAGCCCUUCCAACAGGAACUGCCGCAAGGAUCACCCUAUCAGAUGCCCAUGCCACAGCAGCAGCAGCAGCAGCAGCAGCAGCCACCUGCCCCUCCGCCUGAGUGGGCUGGUUAUUCCCAGUACUCAAUGCCCGCGGCACCACAGCAUGAGUCCGUUCAACAGCAACAGCCGAUUAAGGAGGAAGCACUUAUUGAGUUUUGA